GCGCCGGCGGGGAUGCGGGGCUGGCGGAGGAACCUCGCGCUCUGCCUGCAGCGGCUGCCGGACGAAGACGAUGGUCCCUACUGCAAACCAGCCAAGGAUGCGGGAGGGGCGGAGGUGGCCCUUGCCUGUCGCCGGCAAAGCAUUCCAGAGGAGUUCCGCGGCGUCACCGUGGUCGAGCUGCUGAAGAAGGAAGGCAGCAGCCUGGGCCUCACCAUCUCCGGCGGGACCGACAAGGACGGGAGGCCCAGGGUGUCCAACCUGAGACCCGGGGGACUCGCGGCCAGGAGCGACCUGCUCAACGUCGGCGACUACAUCCGGGCCGUGAACGGGAUCCACCUGACCCGGCUCCGCCAUGACGAAAUCAUCACCCUGCUCAAGAACGUGGGCAAGCACGUGGUGCUGGAGGUGGAGUAUGAGCUACCCCCGCCCGCCCCCGAGAACGACCCGAGGAUCAUUUCGAAGACAGUGGACAUCUCCCUCUGCAGGGAGGGCAACAGCUUCGGCUUUGUCCUCAGAGGGGGGGCCCACGAAGACGAGCACAAGUCGCGCCCGCUCGUCUUGACCUACGUGCGACCGGGUGGCCCUGCCGACAGGGAGGGCUCCUUGAAGGUGGGGGACAGGCUGCUCAGCGUGGACGGGAUCCCCCUGCACGGGGCCAGCCACGCCACCGCCCUGGCCACCCUGCGGCAGUGCAGCCACGAGGCGCUUUUCCAAGUGGAGUACGACGUCGCCACCCCGGACACGGUGGCCGACGCCUCGGGUCCCCUGACGGUCGAGAUCGCGAGGACGCCGGGGUCCGCGCUGGGACUGUCGCUGGCCACCGCGUGCCACCGCGACAGGCCGCUCAUCGUCAUCGACCGCAUCAAGCCGGCCAGCGCGGUGGACCGGAGCGGGGCGCUGCGCGCGGGGGACCGCGUUCUGUCCAUCAACGGCACCAGCACCGAGCGCUGCUCCCUGCUCGAGGCCACCGAGCUCCUGGCCAGCGUGUCGGAGAAGGUCCGCCUGGAGAUCCUGCCCGUCCCCCGGAGCCAGCGUCCCCUGCAGCCCUCGGGGGCAGUCAAGGUGCAGCGGAGUGAGCGGCCGCGCCCCUGGGACCCCUGCCUGCCCUCCUGUCACAGUCCCCGGCCCGGCCACUGCCGGACGCCCGCCUGGGCCACACCCGCCGGCCAGGACCAAAGCCGAUCCUUGUCCUCGACGCCCUUUUCCUCGCCGACCGUGAACCACGCCUUUUCCUGCACCAACCCCAGCACCCUUCCCCGCGGGUCCCAGCCCAUGAGUCCCCGCACGACAGUGACAACCGGGCGGAGGAGGCAGCGGAGGAGGGAACAUAACAGCUCACUGUCGCUGACCUCCAGCACGGUGGGGCCGGGUGGGCAGGUCGUGCACUCGGAGACUACGGAGGUCGUGCUCAGCGGAGACCCCCUCGGCGGGUUCGGCCUCCAGCUCCAGGGUGGCAUCUUCGCCACCGAGACCCUGUCGUCUCCACCCCUGGUGCGCUUCAUCGAGCCCGACAGCCCGGCGGAGAGGUGCGGGCUGCUGCAGGUGGGCGACCGCGUCCUGGCCAUCAACGGUGUCGUCACCGAGGACGGGACCAUGGAGGAAGCCAACCAGCUGCUGCGGGACGCGGCACUGGCCCGCAAGGUCGUGCUGGAGGUCGAAUUCGACGUGGCGGAGUCUGUGAUUCCGAGCAGUGGCACCUUCCACGUGAAGCUGCCGAAGCGCCGUGGCGUGGAGCUGGGGAUCACCAUCAGCUCAGCCAGCAGGAGGCGGGGGGAGCCCCUCAUCAUCUCCGACAUCAAGAAGGGCAGCGUGGCUCACAGGACGGGCACCCUGGAGCCGGGGGACAAGCUGCUGGCCAUCGACAACAUCCGCCUGGACAACUGUCCCAUGGAGGACGCCGUGCGGAUCCUGCGGCAGUGCCAGGACCUGGUGAAGCUCAAGAUCCGGAAGGACGAGGACAACUCGGACGAGCUGGAGACCACAGGGGCCGUCAGCUACACCGUGGAGCUCAAGCGCUACGGGGGUCCCCUGGGGAUCACCAUCUCGGGCACGGAGGAACCCUUUGACCCCAUUGUCAUCUCGGGGCUCACCAAGCGUGGUCUGGCGGAGAGGACCGGUGCCAUCCACGUGGGUGACCGUAUCCUGGCCAUCAACAGCGUUAGCCUCAAGGGCCGGCCGCUGAGCGAGGCCAUCCACCUCCUGCAGGUGGCUGGGGAGACUGUCACGCUGAAGAUCAAGAAGCAGCUAGACCGCCCCCUCCUGCCCCACAAGUCGGGCAGCCUCAGCCAGGCCAGCGACGCAGACGACGAGCCCGCGGAGGCCCUGAAGGGACGCCCCCUGGCAGCCCGCCGCUCGCCCGCCGUGCCCAGCGUGGACAGCGCCGUGGAGUCCUGGGACAGCGCGGCCACGGAGGGCGGCUUUGGGGGCCCAGGCUCCUACACCCCGCAGGUGACAGCCCGGGGCGUGACCCCCCAGGAGUGGCCGCCCGGCCGGCUGAGGAGCAGCCCCCCACCCCCCGAGCCCCGGAGGACGAGCUACACCCCGGCCCCUGCCGACGAAAGCUUCCCGGAGGAGGAGGACGAGGAGGAGGAAGAGGAGGACGAUUGGGAGCCCCCAACAAGCCCAGUCCCCGGCCCGUCCCCGGACGAGGGCUUCUGGCGCAUGUUCGGGGACGCCCUGGAAGACCUGGAGUCGUGUGGCCAGUCCGAGCUGCUGAGGGAACUCGAGGCUUCGAUCAGGACGGGCAGCGGGCAGAGCGUGGCUCGCGAGGGGAGGCCUGGCCGCCAGCCCUGGCACAGGGGACGGGAGCUGCGAGCUGUCCCCGGAGAGAUGCGGGAGCCGCUGCCAUCGACGGCCGUGGAGAUGCACAAGGUGACCCUGCGCAGGGACCCCGCGCGGAGAGACUUGGGCUGCAGCGUCUCGGACGCCGGCCCGGGGGUGACACGCGCGGUGGCCUCGUCCCAGGCCCCGGGGGGGGGGGGGCGGGGCGCGACGACAGCGCGGGUCCUACGAGUCAGCUCAGCCCCGUCGCCUCGCGGGGACGAGCCGCCCGGACCCCGGGGCGGGGCCGCACGAACUUGUAUUUGUCACGUGGGCCGGCGCCACCCGUCCUGCCGUCGCCCGUCCUCGGACCCCGCCGGGGAGACAGGACGGAGAGUCGCACCUGGUUUACCGGAUGCCGGGUUCUCUCUGCGCCGACGGGGCCUCCAGCUCGCGGCCACUCCGGGAGGAAAUUCCCACUCGGUUGGGAUUGGGACGUCCGCGGCCCGUGCUCGGCCGUGGUGCGACCGGGGACAGGCGCGGGCGACCCGCCCUGCUGUCACCAAGGGCGAGCGGGGACGCGGGGCGCCGGGCAGCCGCCCGGAACUGUCCCCGCUGGAGCCCAAGCGCAGGGCGGAGGGGACCCUCCGGGGAGGCGGGACGUCCCCUGCGCGGGAGGGAUCCCCGCUCCCCUGCCCCACUCCAUCCCCUGACGCCUCCUCCACGCUGUCCUCCCUGCUGUGCACCCUGCAGGUCGACCGCGUGCGCACACGGGACUUCGACUGCCGCCUGGCGGUGCCGCUGCUGGCGGGGGCGGGCGACGUGCUGGACCUCGUCGUCGGCCGUGACCCGCUGGCCCAGGGCGGCCGGGGUCCCCGAGCCCGCGGCCGCCACAGUCCCCGGAUGCUGUGACGUCGGCCGGUGGUCGCGGACUUGCUGACCCGGGCGCGGCAGCCCCGGAGCCGGGGAGGAGACGUGGCCUCCGUUCCCGGUUCUGCGGUGACCGCGGCGCCAGGCAGGGACGUCCCCACCCCCAGUGACACCUGGCUCUCCUGCCAAGUUGGGUCUCCGAGACCGAGGGGGCCGGGCGUGGGGAAGACCCAGCUCCCCGUCUCCCCACGGGGCAGCCGGGGAGCUGGAGUGAGCUGCGGGGAGGAGUGAGCUCCCCGUCACGGGAGGUAAGCAAGCGGGCGCCACUCAGCAGUCCAGGUGCGAGGCGUCCCCGUGAGACAUCCACGCCGGCUCACGCAGUGAGCGCCACACGUGUCCCCAGAGAGGCUGCGGCUCUUCCUGUAGGAACCCGGCUCUCCCCGUCUCCAGACUCCGGGUGUUUGGGGCUCGCCGGAUCGGAGCGCGUCCCACCCCACCUAAGCGACUCUGAGCCGGGGCGUCAGGAAACGGUGGCCCUGCGGUUCUGUCACCGCAGCGUCUUGCUCCAACUUCUCUGUGACUUCCGCUGCGGUUCUGGGUCCGAGUGGCUCCUCCCCGACACCCAGAGCGGAGGAGGAGGGAGCAGGGCAGAGAGGGACAGAGACGCAGGCAGGAGACGGGGCGUCCCCGCUCGCGUGACCGGUGGGGACAAUGUCCACUCGAGGGAGUUUAUUCCGACUUGAAAUCCGGAAGCACCAGCAGCGGUUAGAAAUCACUUCCCUAGGCCGGGCGCGGGGGCUCGCGCCUGUCACCCCGGCACUCGGGGAGGCCGAGGCGGGAGGAUCGCUCGAGGUCA